AUGUUCAGAAACAAAUAUUCCCUACUCCCUGUUCCCUACUCCCUGUUCCCCACUCCCUGUUCCCCACUCCCUGUUCCCCACUCCCUGUUCCCCACUCCCUGUUCCCCACGCCCUGUUCCCCACUCCCUGUUCCCCACUCCCUGUUCCCCACGCCCUGUUCCCCACGCCCUGUUCCCCACGCCCUGUUCCCCACGCCCUGUUCCCCACUCCCUGUUCCCCACGCCCUGUUCCCCACGCCCUGUUCCCCACGCCCUGUUCCCCACUCCCUGUUCCCCACUCCCUGUUCCCUACUCCCUGUUCCCCACUCCCAGUUCCCCACGCCCUGUUCCCCACGCCCUGUUCCCCACGCCCUGUUCCCCACUCCCUGUUCCCCACUCCCUGUUCCCCACUCCCUGUUCCCCACGCCCUGUUCCCUACGCCCUGUUCCCCACUCCCUGUUCCCCACUCCCUGUUCCCUACUCCCUGUUCCCUACUCCCUGUUCCCCACUCCCUGUUCCCCACUCCCUGUUCCCUACUCCCUGUUCCCUACACACUAGACGCAGGAAUCUUCGCUCCACGUUCACGCCGAUGAACAGAGAAAUGAAUAACUCGUCCAUGAGCUCUCCUCUGAGCUUUUAA